UAAAACAAAGCAAACGCGUAUUCGAUUGAUUCCUUAGCUAACAACUUUUUCAAUAUGCCCUUUCUACACUUCUAAGCUUCCAAGCAUUGUCUAUGAGCUCCAAAUUCUCCGAUCGUAUAUCCAUUUUCCCGAUUUCAUCUCCAAAAUCUCCAUCUGGGUUUCCAAAUUCUUCCUCAAAUCUCACCAAUUUCAUCUGGGUUUUCCAUCAAUCCACCAAAAAAUGGGUAUAUGCAUCAGCAAAACCAAAGAUUCUUCAAAACCCGAUACAGUUCUUCACUCAAAUCAAAGAUCCGACGACCCCAACAUACUCUACACCAAAUCACCACCUCCGGCAACCCAAACUCCGGCGAGAAAACCACCGCCACCACCGAGCCCCAAAAGGGUUUUCAAAUCGAACACGAUUCUCGGCAAAUCAUUCGAAGAUGUCAAAGAACACUACACAAUUGGAAGAGAAUUAGGCAGAGGUCAAUUUGGGGUUACUUAUCUCUGUACACAGAUUUCAACAAAUCAAAAAUACGCCUGCAAAUCGAUAUCGAAAAAGAAAUUGAUUACGAAAGGAGAUAAAGAGGAUAUGAGAAGAGAGAUUCAGAUUAUGCAGCAUUUAAGUGGACAAGCAAAUAUAGUUGAAUUUAAAGGUGCUUAUGAAGAUAAACUUUCUGUUCAUCUGGUUAUGGAGGUUUGUGAAGGUGGAGAGCUUUUCGAUCGGAUAAUUGAAAAGGGUCAUUACAGUGAACGAGCUGCCGCUUCGAUUUGUAGAUCGAUUGUGAAUGUGGUUCAUGUGUGUCAUUUUAUGGGUGUUAUGCAUCGCGAUUUGAAGCCGGAGAACUUUUUGCUUUCGGAUAAGAGUGAGGAUGCUCUUUUGAAGGCUACCGAUUUCGGGUUAUCGGUUUUCAUUCAAGAAGGAAAAUCAUAUCAUGAUAUUGUCGGAAGUGCGUAUUACGUAGCCCCAGAAGUGUUAAAGCGUAAAUAUGGGAAGGAAAUCGAUAUAUGGAGUGCGGGAGUGAUGCUAUAUAUCUUACUAAGCGGUGUACCUCCAUUUUGGGCCGAGACGGAGAAAGGAAUAUUCGACGAGAUUUUGAAAGGAUAUGUUGAUUUUAAAAGCGAUCCUUGGCCAUCUAUUUCGAGUAGCGCCAAGGACCUUGUGCAAAAGAUGCUAACGCUUGACCCGAAGAAGCGGAUAACUUCUGCUCAAGUUCUUGAGCAUCCGUGGAUUCGAGAAGACGGAGAAGCAUCCGACAAACCGAUCAAUAGCGCAGUCCUUUCUAGGAUGAAGCAAUUCCGAGCUAUGAACAAACUCAAGAAACUCGCUCUUAAGGUCAUUGCCGAAAAUCUAUCAGCGGAGGAAAUCCAAGGGUUAAAAUCCAUGUUUUUGAACAUAGACACUGACAAAAGCGGCACGAUCACAUACGAAGAACUUAAAACUGGGUUGGCUCGACUCGGGUCAAAACUCACCGAGGCCGAAGUUAGGCAACUCAUGGAAGCGGCUGAUGUAGACGGAAAUGGGACGAUUGACUAUAUUGAGUUCAUCACGGCAACUAUGCAUCGACACAAAUUAGAGCGUGAAGAAGAUUUGUACAAAGCGUUUCAGCAUUUUGAUGCAGAUGGAAGCGGGUUUAUUACUAGAGAUGAACUAGAAUCAGCCAUGAAAAAAUACGGAAUGGGUGACGAAGCCACGAUUAAAGAGAUCAUAUCUGAAGUGGAUACCGAUAACGACGGGAAGAUAAAUUACGAAGAGUUCUGCACGAUGAUGAGAAGUGGAACCCAGGCAGGAAAGCUAUUUUAACGACACAAAAAUACAUUCGAGAAGAAACCAAAAAGUCCCUAACCGAAGAUGUAACAAAAUCUUGAACGAGAUGCGAUAGCGUUCCGUUUGAUCAUCAUUAAGCUUCGUUUGUUAGGUCUGAGAUGAGAUUGCUAAUAUUUCUUGUGUAAAGUGUAGACAACAUAUGUACAAUGUUACUUGAAUCAUGAGAUCCCAAUUUUUUUUUAUUUAUUAUAUAUUUGCAGUUUUUGGGUUUAUUUUUUGAUCCAAAAUGUGUAAUUGUGAGGUCCAUGUGGCUCUUGGAAUCUGAAUGUUUGUCUUUUUGUUCUGGU